AUGGACCUGGGCGGCGAGCCGGAGAAGCCCGCUCUGGAACAAUUCGGAAUCGACUUGACGGCCAAGGCCCGUGAUGGCAAGCUGGACCCAGUCAUCGGCAGAGACGCCGAGAUACAACGCACCAUCCAAGUACUCUCAAGACGGACAAAGAACAACCCAAUCCUCACUGGUGCAGCUGGUGUCGGAAAGACGGCAGUUGCAGAAGGCUUGGCGUUACGCAUCGUUCAAGGAAACGUCCCAGAAAGCAUCAAAGAUAAGAAGGUCAUCUCGCUGGACCUUGGGUCCUUGAUUGCCGGUGCAAAGUACCGAGGCGACUUUGAAGAGAGGCUGAAAAAGGUUCUCAGCGAGGUCCAGAAGGCCGAAGGCCAAGUGAUCCUCUUCAUCGACGAAAUCCACACACUUCUGGGCUUGGGUAAAGCUGAGGGCUCCAUCGACGCUUCCAACCUGCUCAAGCCUGCGUUGGCCAGGGGCGAGCUGCAGUGCUGCGGAGCCACGACGCUCACCGAGUAUCGACUCAUUGAGAAGGAUGUUGCGCUCGCUCGUCGGUUCCAACCCAUUCUCCUCGACGAGCCAUCAGUAGAAGACACGAUCAGCAUCUUGCGUGGCAUCAAGGAAAAGUACGAAGUCCACCAUGGUGUGAGAAUCACCGAUGGUGCCCUUGUGGCCGCUGCGUCGUACUCAAACCGGUACAUCACGGAUCGGUUCUUGCCUGACAAAGCCAUUGACCUCAUGGAUGAGGCCGCCAGUUCCCUGCGACUACAACAAGAAAGCAAGCCCGAGGCCAUCAUGCGCCUCGACCAGAAGAUUAUGACUAUUCAGAUCGAGCUUGAGAGUCUCCGAAAGGAGAAGGACGUCGCAAGCCGCGAACGACGCGAGAAGCUUGAGGAUGAUCUUGCCAAGUACCAGGAAGAGGCCAAAACCCUGACUGAGCGCUGGGACAAAGAGCGAGGUGAGAUCGAGGGGCUCAAGAAGGUGCAAGAGGACCUCGACAAGGCGAGAUCUGAACUCGAGGUGGCUCAGCGCACAGGCAACUUUGCACGUGCCUCUGAGCUCCGCUUCGGUGUCAUCCCCAACUUGGAGCAGAAGCUGCCCAAGGAGGGCGACGUGCAAGAGGGAAGUCAAGGACCAGACAGCUUGCUCCACGACUCUGUGACGGCGGAUGACAUUGCCAACGUCGUGUCGAGGGUCACGGGUAUCCCUGUUACCAAGCUCACCUCUGGACAUGUCGAAAAGCUGAUUCACAUGGAAGACGCGCUGCGCAACUCGAUCCGUGGACAGGACGAGGCCCUCAAGGCUGUUGCAGAUGUAGUCAGGCUGCAACGUGCUGGUCUCAGCGAUGACCAUCGGCCUCUUGCCUCACUAUUCAUGGCUGGACCGACUGGUGUCGGAAAGACAUUGCUGGCCAAGAAGCUCGCCGAGUUCCUCUUCUCUACCGAAUCAGCUGUCAUCCGGUUCGACAUGAGCGAGUUCCAGGAGAAGCACACCAUCUCUCGGCUGAUUGGUGCUCCCGCUGGCUAUGUCGGCUACGAGGACUCUGGUCAGCUCACCGAGGCUGUGAGGAGGAAGCCUUACGCCGUACUACUGCUGGAUGAGUUUGAGAAGGCACAUCGCGAUAUCUCGGCAUUGCUACUCCAGGUCCUCGACGACGGCUUCUUGACCGACUCCCAAGGUCACAAGGUCGACUUCCGCAACACGAUCAUCAUCCUCACCUCAAACCUUGGCGCCGACAUCCUGGUCGGCGCAAACCCGCACCAUCCUUACCAAGAGACCCCGGACGGCGAAAUCAGCCCCGACGUGCGCAAGGCGGUGCUGGACGUUGUAUCGAACAACUAUGCGCCCGAGUUCUUGAACCGCAUCGACAGCUUCAUCCUCUUCAAGCGACUCUCGAUGAGCGCCAUGCGCGACAUUGUUGACAUCCGCCUUCGGGAGCUCCAGGGCCGUCUGGACGACCGCCGCAUCACGCUCGAGGUGGACGACGAUGUCCGCGAGUGGCUCGCCGAGCGCGGCUAUGAUCCCAAAUUCGGCGCCCGGCCCCUGAACCGGCUCAUCACCAAUCAGAUCAGCAAUGGCCUGGCUGACAAGAUCAUCCGCGGCGAGAUCAAGGGCGGCGACCAUGUCUCUGCCAAGGUCAAGGCCGACGGGUCGGGCCUCGAGGUUUCUGUGCACGAUGCUUCCGCAUCCGCGUAA